GCCCGUGGCAGCGUAGCACGCUUUGGUGGACACAGAACGGCAGAUUGAUUCUAAUGGCUUCUCAUCUUGCCUCCCGUGUUUUCUCUGCUCAAAGGAGGCCUUCCAGAUACCAGCCAAGCUAUGGCUUCAUCCAGUCCAUUUUCAGCGCCUCAACGAUUGAGAGACAAAGAACCAGACUUGCAGACAGGGUCUCCUACUUGAUGGCCACCACUGAGAACAUCCUCCAACGCUUUGUCUACAACACAACCAACCAGAUUAGCUACACUGUUCGUGAUAUCACUUCACACAUGAAGAGAGCGGUCCAACACUUUGGCCGUGAUAUCACUUCACACAUGAGGAGAGCGUGGGCGAGUGUGUGCAGAGCAAGGUGGUGCCAUGCUGAACAGAAACCAAUGCUUGAGGAAUAUCUGAGCAACAACCGGGCUGCCAUGACCGGCCCUAUUCUCCUCCCUGACUACUUCCUCCCACAAAACGAGGAACAAGCAAUCCAGCAGCUGCAGUCUCAGUCCCACAUCAUCAACUUGUCAUAGUUCGUCUCGUCUCCCACUUUCAACCAUGUU